AGCAUCACUGUGUAGCAUUGAGAGAAAAUUGAAACUUUAUAAAAAUUUCCAAACUGGAGAUGGACCGUGGAAGUCGGGAUGUCCAAAAGGACAUUGAAAGUAAGGAGGAAGCACUAGACAGAAGUUAUACCGACUUAUCCGAUGAAAGUGACGAUGAUGGACCUAUUGACCUAACGAUGGAGUGUGUCUCUGUGAAAGAGGAACCAAGCUCAGAUUCACAGGAAACUAAGACGGCACGGAACACUGAUGGACGAUACAAGCGGAGGAAGGUGUGUGAUGUCCGGAUUUCUCGCCAACUGUGUGAAGUGAGUGAGGAGACCAAGAGAAGGACGGCCAAUAUUCAGGAACGCCAUCGUAUGCAGAGGAUGAGCUCAGCACUGCAGCAACUCAAAGACAGUUUACCCGACGAAUUCAAACUGUACAACAAGAAACUGUCAAAGAUCCGGACAUUACGCAUAGCUAUUGGGUACAUUCGAGCCUUGGAAUCAAUGUUGAAGUCAGCCCCAACACCUGUAAAACGUGAACAGUUUCCUAUCGGUACCCCGAGGGUUCCCGGACCUAAUGAAGCCUACCUAGCUGCUCUCGGGACGUGUACCCCGCUUCCCUUUCCGACUCCAGGCACAAAUGACGCCGUGGAAACUCUGUACACUCACCCCGCCAUGUAUUCUGCCUAUUUUCCCAGUUCUCCGUACUGGAAUACAGAAGGUCUACAAUCUCCGGCUACCUGUAUGAUGCCGCUGCCAUUAUGCUACGAAACGCCAAACUACCCAACACCAAACGUGACCCCGGCUUCCGCUACACCGAGAUUCACACCUAUCCAAGGCAAACACCCGUCUCACAGGUCGGACGGAGGAUCACAUCGUCUGUCCAGUGUUGCUAAGAGACUUGUCCGUUCGUCUGUGUAUCCUUCUCCUUUCGGUGACGGACGUAAUGCUAAUGAACUAAAUACAAGUUUUCUGAGUGCCGGGAGCGAAGAGGUGACGGAGCCGGAUGACGAUGGAGGGAGAGAGCGGUUUUCCAAUGACUGCUGUUUCUCCAUAGAAGGCGUUUAUCCACUUCCCCCAGACGACACCCCACUUAAUCAACACAAGGACCGGACUGGGUACGCCGGACGCUGAAGGUACACCGGACACUGACUAGUCAGAGCUAGCCGAGAGACAGAGUUGUCUAGACAAAAGGCGGACUUCCCCUGAUGUAAACGUUUUUCUGAUAUCGGACACGGAUAUGUCAGUGAUCCAACUCCCACAGCCAGACAUUGUGGGGGAGAUAUUCACAGACGUUGUUUGGGAGAUAUUCACAGACGUACAUUGUAGGAACACCGUGUGGAGCUGUACAUCAGUGACGAACUAUACGAGAAGACAAUGCUCGUGUUACUUUUACAGAGUUAACGGACUCGUAUGUGAAAUGUUUGUGAGUUAUUGUACAAAGCUGAUUUCGGGUAAUAAAAUAUG